AUGGAGAAUUGUAUCAAUGUUUCUUCCUUUUCCAUUCCCAAUCCUUUCAAGAAAAAACACAAGCCUCUUCCCAUAGAAACCCUUUUCAAGCUUCCAUCUCUACUCCCCUCGUGGCCUCAAGGUGAAGGAUUUGCUAGUGGAAUUAUUGAUCUAGGAGGAUUACAAGUGUGUCAAGUAUCGACAUUUUCUAAAGUGUGGGUUACACAUGAAGGCGGACCAGAUAAUCUUGGCGCAACAUUUUUUGAACCAUCUUCUGUACCAGAUGGAUUCUCUUUGCUUGGAUUCUAUAGCCAAUCCAACAAUAGACCAUUAUGUGGAUGGGUUCUUGUAGGGAAAGAUGCAAAAAAAGAAGGUGCCUUGAAGGAACCAAUUGACUACACUCUUGUUUGGAGUAGCGAGUCUUUGAAAAUUAAGUAA